AUCCGCAUCUCCCUUACCCCGCGGAGUUCAGCAGAUGGAGCCCGCACACCAGCAGGACACACGCGGAUGAAAGUGAGACUUCAAGCUGGUUUUAUCAGCAGUUUCAACACCGACAGACGAACUCGGUGAGGAGGAGACAGAUAAAUAGAAAGCAGUGCGUGCACACUCGCUUUCUCUUACAUAAGUUGAUUACCGAGACAUUUCGGAGCGCGGAGGUGAUGUUAUACUGUACGUACGGACGUACGGCUUAGACAGCGGCGCGCGCUCACGGCUGGAGCUGUCGCUUUUGAUAUUUUUACCUCGCGCAGUCAGAUAACUGUCACAAUAACGGAGGAAAAACCCCGGCGAAGAUGACGAGGAUAGGCUGUUGGACUGUGCUUACGUUCGCCCGACUUGGUGUAGCUGCCUCGUAACGGGAUUUUUACUCCCACCUGCCUUUGAAAGUUUCAAAUACGUCGCUUUUGAACUUCACCUCCAAAAGUGGAUGUGAUCAUCAGUAAGCAGGUUUCUUUGCCCGUUAAUGGGAAUCCACCCAUGGACCUAAGUGUGACCCGCAGGUUGUUACAUCCAGGCCCAGAUUCGGCCAUGCUGGCCCCCCGCCCUCCUUUCUUCAUGGGAUCCCUCACCGCUCAACAUUGUGCCCAAUUCUCCCAGCAGCACUUGCAGUAUAACAUCGAACAAAGGCAAAGAGAGAUGAGUGAGGAGAAGAGAGAAGAGCUACAUCAGCUGAUUCAAAAGAGUAAAAACGAGCAGAGUGCUAUAGCCAGUCCCCUGGUAAAGCAGAAACUUCGGGAACACAUAAUUAUGAAGAGCCAGCCAACCCAUGAUAGAGUGACUCCCAACCACAGCAGUCCUGCCCCAGGAUUCGGGCUCCGGGUUCCUGAUAUGUCCCCGAAGCCUCAGCCUACACCCUGUGACCAGCGCGCCUUGAGAAGAACAGUGUCUGAGCCCACACUGAAGUGGAAGUUAAAGAAACUCAUCACCACAAGGCCAAACCCGCUGCAGCGAAAGAUCAGUGCCCCUCCUGCAGUCAAGCACAGGACCGAAACUCUGGAGUCUUCCCAGAGUGGCAGCAGCAAUCCAGCAUCAGGGUGCAGCUCUCCAAAUGACAGCCUCCAUUCAGAUAAUGGGUCCUUACCACUGGCUCAUGAGUCACAGAGGCUGUUGCUGAAGGAUGGUAAUUUAGCUCGAUUCACCGUGCCUUCCAAUCCCCCUGGGAUCCCCAACAUCACUGCUGGACUUCCUGCACAGGCUGACUUGCGAGAAGCAAGGCCAUUGGCAGUAUCUGGUCUCCAUCAGGUUUACUUGCCUCUGGAAGAAAGCAGUCCAGCUCUUUCUCAGCGGCUACAGCCUGUGUUCAUACUGGAUCCACACACCAGGCUUCUGCGCCCCCAGCUUGUCUCUCUUCCUGGUUUGAGCACCAUCUCUCUGCAGCAGCACCCUCACCUGUCUACUCUGUCCAGAAGAGAAGGUCACAAACCUUUGGAACGAACACGUUCAGAACCGCCACCCUACAGCCACUCACAGUUAUCUCUGCAAACCAGCCAUCACCCGCACAUCCAGCACUCGCUGAACCAGCAGUACCACAGGAGCGGGGUGGAGAGAUUCAAGCAGAAUUCACACCUGAGCAAGAUCCCAUCAGAGGACAUGGACCUAGAGGAGACUGGAUCGGGAUCAGGUUCAGGGACAGGUUCUGUGUGCGGCUCAGAGCCCGGAUCAAUUUGUGAGGAUGACUAUCGGCGGAGACAGAGCAACGCCAGCACAGACUCUGUGUACGACACAGAGUCUACUACCUCCUCCCGGGAGAGCUUGAUCGAGCCCUCCUACUCUUACAAUCAGAGGCAGGUGAUCCUUAGACCAAGUCUGCAGAUAGAUCCGCUGGGUGUGCCAUCCUUAAUUUGGCCUCACCAGCCUGUCAGUCGGUCCCGGUCCUCCCCCGCCUCCACCUCCCUGCCUCCUGCUUCACAUCAACCCACCACCAUACCUUCCAUGUCAUUAUCCAACCCUGCUACAGACACCCAGCUGCGCUUCACCACAGGUUUAGCAUAUGAUGGUCAGAUGCAGAAGCACCAGUGUAUUUGUGGGGACAACAGCCGUCACGCUGAGCAUGCAGGAAGGAUCCAGAGCAUCUGGUCUAGACUGCAUGAAAGGGGCCUAAGGAGUCAGUGUGAGCGCAUCCGCAGUAGAAAAGCAACCCUAGAAGAGCUGCAGUCAGUCCAUUCAGAAAAACACGUACUUUUAUUUGGCACCAACCCGCUCAACCGCCUCAAGCUGGACAGCCGCAAACUCGCUGGAAUCCUGUCUCAACAUGUUUUUUUGAUGUUACCAUGUGGAGGGGUUGGGGUGGAUAUUGAUACAGUCUGGAAUGAACAUCACACAUCAGCAGCCUCCCGCAUUGCUGCAGGAUGUGUCACAGACCUGGCACUGAAGGUGGCACAAAGAGAGCUGAAGAAUGGCUUUGCAGUUGUGAGGCCCCCUGGACACCAUGCAACCCAUUCCUCCCCUCUGGGCUUCUGUUUCUUCAACUCUGUGGCCAUCGCUGCCAAGCAGCUCCAGCAGAAACUCAGCGUCAGCAAGAUCCUCAUUGUGGACUGGGAUGUACACCAUGGCAACGGCACCCAGGAAGCCUUCUACAGCGACCCAAGUGUGCUGUACAUCUCUCUACAUCGCUAUGACGAUGGCAACUUUUUUCCUGGUAGUGGACACCCCAGCGAGGUGGGUGCAGGUCCAGGUGAGGGCUUCAAUGUCAAUGUAGGAUGGACCGGAGGACUAAACCCUCCAAUGGGCGAUGCUGAAUACCUGGCUGCGUUCAGAGCUGUGGUGAUGCCCAUCGCUCACGAGUUUUCCCCUGAUGUCGUCCUCGUGUCAGCUGGCUUUGAUGCUGUCGAAGGACAUCCAUCAUCGCUCGGAGGAUACAAGGUUACAGCCAAGUGUUUUGGCUUCCUAACCCGUCAACUGAUGUCACUGGCCGGCGGUAAGGUGGUCAUGGCUCUGGAGGGUGGGCAUGACCUCAAAGCUAUCUGCGAUGCCUCCGAAGCCUGUGUGAGCGCCUUGCUGGGCAUGGAGGUGGAGCCUCUGUCCCAGUCGGUGUUGGACCAGAAGCCCUGUGAAAAUGCGGUGCUUUCUCUGCAGAAAGUCAUCCAGAUUCAUGGUGAGUACUGGCAGAGUUUGAAGGAUUCGGCCUCCACAGUGGAUAUGUCCUACUUGCAGGCGCAGAGACGAAGACUGAGACGAGACUCGGACAGCGAGGCUGUCAGCGCCAUCGCCUCUCUGUCGAUGGGGUCUCUUGCAUCUGACAGGAAACCGUCUGAGAAAUGAUGGAGAAAAGGUGAUUCUCCCUGAAGAAAGACUCAAGCCUCUACACACUCCACACACACGCACACAAACACGCAAAGCAGCGCUUUGGAUCGUCACUGGAAGCAGAUGUCACUUCACAAAAACUCCACCUGUAUUACUACUGGCUGAAUUCUGACCCAUCUGAUCCAAACACACACACACACAUCGACGACCGGCAAUCAUCUGGGCCGCGUUCUCACUCUCAUCCCUCGCUGCAAUGAGAGCUAAAGCUAAAAGAGACACCCAGGUGCAGAUUAAUGAAGGGUUUUGCAACAACGUGAUGUAGCAUAUACACCUUGAGAGAAAAACACAUCUCUGCACAUUUGCAGACUGAAUUAAAAUGACUCCAGCACAACUCUGAGCAAGAGCCCCAAGACUGUUAGAAGGAAGGGUCAAAGGUCGCCUCAGCUUAUCGAAGCCACUCAGUUUGAGAAGAAGGAGUCGUCCCCAAAAGUACGUGCGAGUGAUGGAGCGCAGACGUAUCCCUCGGCCGCGAUGUCAUUCGUCUGCGUGCGACCGCGAUCGAGCGGGUUUUUCUGAUCAUCCUGCACUGCACGUUUGUUCUCAUCAUCAGUUCAUCUGACCGGAGGAACACUUUUUUUGGGGGGGGAUGACAUUGUUUUUUAAGAAUCAUGAGUGAAGCUACAAUGAGGUCUGACAUACAUAUUUUUUUUCAGCGUUUUCAUCAUUUCUUUCUUGGCGUACCCAGGGCGAGCGCGUGUAGCAAGACCUCGGAUUGCUGCAGUUAUUUGUAUCGCUCCUCUGAAGUGCAUCUUAAAUAUGUAGAUAUGCUGUAGUUAGUGGUGGUAGCAUUAGUCACAAUGAAGAGCUGAUACCUCCAGUCGCUGUGGUAUUGAUAUUCGGGGGAAGGGGGGAUAAUAAGCCUGUCAGAUAAGACAGAAUCACCCAUGAUGCCUCAAUGCAGUGUAACCACUCAGUAAUGAUUGUACAAGUGACAAUGCACAUCAGUUUUUAACAUUUUGGAUGAGACUCGCAUCCAAACACUCACUCACACAAAGUGCACUUAUCUCGCCCUCGGAAACGAGGGUCAGAGCGACUCGGGUCUCAAAAUCUGAACUUUGAUGUUUCUACCUGUGGAUGAGCAUUCCUGCUGUAUUUGUUACAUGUUUUUUUUCUAUUAUUAUUAUUUUUUUUAUUUUUUUUAAUCUGAUCUGUCUUCUGUUCAUCCCCUACGUAGCGCCAGUCUAUUUACUGUCAUCCUCGGAGAUGUUACGCUCCCCGGACCAAACAAUGGCAUGAUAGUGGUUUAGUUAGGAUGAAGCAAUACUGAGAUAGUUAAACAUCCACACAGUGCAAUUGGACACAGGUUAAGUACAACCAAAGCUUAUGAGAACAAUGUGUUGUCCCUGGACUGGCAUGGCCUGAAGAACUUCAAAGACUUUGAAGACUUUGCGAAUGUUUCUUUUCUCAAUCCAAACAGUCAAAAAGCACCAAAAAAAAAACGCAGGACAUUUAUAUACGCAAAUCAAUUCGACAUGACUCCUAUUUAUAUAUUCAGAUUCUGUGUCUUUGAAGUGCUCUUUGCAUGUCUAACAUGAUUGUGAUGGUGCUAAUACAGUAUGUCUGAUUGUUUGUUUUUUAUUUUUAGUUUGUUUGUAUUUUACGUUGCACUCUGUAUGUAACUCACGGCCUUUCCGACAUUUGUUGAUGUUACGAAAAUGUGAAAAACGAAAGACAUCCUGUAGGACAUCCUGAUGGAGGAGCGUAGCUUUCAGUCGUUGUUUGUUUUUUAAGAACGUUCACGACAGCGACCUGAUAUAUCACGUGUCUUAAUCAGUGUAAAUGAUCUAUUUUUUUAUUUGAGCCGAAAUAAUGAACCCUGUGCAUACUCGGAGACCAAAUUAUCAGUCGAAGGAUUGUUCUGACCAACCUGUGUAAAGGUAGCCUUAACAAACUGGAAUUUUUACUUUAGGUCAAGUCCAGUUUUCUUUAUAACUGACUGUCUUGAUUUUUUUUUCUGUACAGUGUACAUAGCGACAUUGGUUUUGUUGUCUUACUUUUGCCUUUUUCUACUAUUUUCACCCAAAAAAACCUAAUAAAGGUAAAUUAUGUACAUUUUAA